UCUGAUUUGGAAAAUAUUUCAGCGAUUUGGGAAUAUGGCGGGGUUGUUUCAACUAAUGGCUGUGGCAAUUGGUGCAUUGGAUAAAAUUGAAAUUGAUACUUCUUAUAUGGGAAAGGUUGCGAAGAUUGCAACAGCUGAAAUGAUCUCCUCCAAGGAGUUUAAUGUAGAUUGGCAAAGAGCUGCAGCUAGUGUCCUCGUUUCAAUUGGUUCACAUUUGCCAGACCUGAUGAUGGAAGAAAUAUUUCUCCACUUUUCAGGGUCAACUUCAGCGCUUCCUGCUAUGGUCCAAACUCUUGCUGACUUUGCUUUAGCUGAUGCAUUGCAGUUCACUCCUCGACUGAAAAGUGUACUUUCCAGAGUUCUUCCAGUUCUAGGAAACGUACGGGAAGUCCACAGGCCUGUUUUUGCAAAUGCGUUCAAGUGUUGGUGCCAAGCAUGUUGGCAGUAUGGUGUGGAUUUCCCUCUGCUUUCACUUCUUGACAGUGACAUAAUGUCGUUCUUGAAUUCUGCAUUCGAGCUCUUAUUGAGAGUCUGGGCAGGUUCACGAGAACUAAAGGUCCGCACAUCUACCGUGGAGGCCUUGGGGCAAAUGGUUGGUCUAAUAACUCGCACACAACUCAAGCUAGCCCUACCCAGAAUUAUUCCUACUAUAUUGGAAUUGUACAAGAAAGAUUUGGAAAGUGCCUUAGUGGCAACAUGUGCGCUUCACAAUCUCCUUAGUGCAUCUUUACUAUCUGAAAGCGGUCCUCCUUUGCUUGAUUUUGAGGACCUCACAGUUGUUCUUUCUACUCUUCUUCCAGUUGUUUGCAUUCAGAAUGAUGGAAAAGAUUGUUCAGAUUUCUCGCUUGGACUGAAGACAUACAAUGAGGUCCAGCAUUGUUUUCUGACAGUUGGCUUGGUGUACCCUGAAGAUUUGUUUGUGUUCCUUUUGAAUAAAUGCAGGCUAAAAGAAGAACCUCUAACAUUUGGUGCACUUUGUGUAUUAAAGCAUCUAUUGCCAAGGUUGACUGAAGCUUGGCAUAACAAAAGGCCUUUGUUGAUUGAAGUCGUGACCUUUUUAUUAGAUGAGCAGAGUUUGGCUGUGCGGAAAGCUCUUUCUGAGUUGAUUGUAGUAAUGGCUUCAAACUGUUACUUGAUGGGUACUUCAGGAGAGCUGUUUGUCGAAUAUCUAGUGCGCCACUCUGCUAUGUCAAAUGAGGAGAGAAAUGAUGCUGGAAACUCAAAGCAAGUUUAUAAAUCAACUGGCCCUUCUUAUGGGUUAUCAUCCAAGAGAUACGAGGUGAAGAUUGGACCAGUUAAUCCUACAGAAUUACGAGCUAUUUGUGAGAAAGGUCUUCUUCUACUUACAAUUACGAUUCCAGAAACGGAGCAUGUCCUCUGGCCUUUCCUGUUGAAGAUGAUUAUACCGCGAGCUUAUACUGGUGCCAUAGCCACAGUAUGUAGAUGCAUUGCAGAGUUAUAUAAACAUAAAUCUUCAUAUAGUAAUGUGAUGCUUUCAGAAUGCAAAACUCGAAGUGAUAUUCCACGCCCUGAGGAACUGUUUGCUCGCUUGCUGGUGCUGCUGUGUAAUCCUCUUGCCAGGGAGCAGCAGGCUACUCACAUUUUGACAGUGCUAUGCCAUUUGGGAUCACUCUUUCCAAAAAAUAUCAGCUCAUUUUGGCAAGAUGAGAUUCCCAAAAUGAAAGCUUAUGUAAGUGACACAGAAGACCUAAAGCAAGAUCCUUCAUAUCAAGAAACUUGGGAUGACAUGAUAAUAAAUUUUCUAAAGGAGUCAUUAGAUGUGACGGAGGAUCGUGAUUGGGUUAUUUCUCUGGGAAAUUCUUUUGCUCAGCAAUAUAAUUUGUAUAUGUCUGAUGACGAGCACUCUGCUCUACUUCACCGGUGUCUUGGCAUGCUUCUUCAGAAAGUUGAUGACAGAAACUAUGUACAUCAUAAGAUCGAAUGGAUGUAUAAACAUGCUAAUAUUGCUAUCCCAGCAAAUAGACUUGGUUUAGCAAAAGGCAUGGGGCUGGUUGCGGCAUCCCACCUGGAUACGGUCUUGGAGAAACUUAAAGACAUUCUCGACAAUGUUGGACAAAGCAUCUUCCAGAGAUUACUCUCCUUUUUCUCUGACAAAUCUAAAAUGGAUGACUCUGACGAUAUACAUGCUGCAUUGGCCUUGAUGUAUGGUUAUGCAGCAAGAUAUGCCCCAUCAACUGUAAUAGAGGCCAGAAUUGAUGCACUUGUGGGGACCAAUAUGCUCUCAAGGCUUCUACAUGUGCGUCAUCCCACAGCCAAGCAGGCUGUUAUCACAGCCAUAGAUUUGCUAGGCCAUGCUGUCAUCAGUGCUGGUGAAAGUGGUAUAACCUUUCCUCUGAAAAGAAGAGAUCAGUUACUUGAUUUUAUACUCACUCUGAUGGGCCGAGAUGAAGAUGAAUCCCUUGCUGAUUCUAGUCAUGAACUUCUGCAUACCCAGGCCCUUGCACUGAGUGCCUGCACAACUUUAGUUUCUGUGGAGCCAAAACUGACAGUUGAAACAAGAAACCGGAUUCUAAAGGCAACUUUAGGUUUUUUUGCCUUGCCAAAUGAUCCUAUAGAAGUUGUCAAUCCUCUUAUUGAGAAUCUGGUUACACUUUUAUGUGCUAUUCUUCUCACCAGUGGAGAGGACGGAAGAAGUCGAGCAGAACAACUUUUGCAUAUUCUGAAGCAGAUUGAUGUUUAUGUUUCUUCAGCAGUGGAAUAUCAAAGAACAAGAGCUUGUCGUGCAGUUCAGGAGAUGCUUAUAAAAUUCCGAAUGUUAUGUACGAAUGGAUAUUGUACUCUUGGUUGCCAAGGAAGUUGCACACAUAUCAAGUCAAUUGACUAUAGCUUUAGUCGAAAUUUCUCCAAUAUGCCACCUGCAUUUGUAUUGCCGACUCGUGAUGCUUUGUGCUUGGGGGGCAGGAUAGUAAUUUAUCUCCCCAGAUGUGCUGAUACAAAUUCUGAAGUUCGAAAAAUUUCCGCUCAGAUCCUUGACCUGUUCUUCAGCAUAUCCCUAUCAUUACCAAGGCCCAUUUCUUCUAGUAAUAGUGUGGACGUUGAAUUGUCCUAUAGUGCUUUGUCCUCUUUGGAGGAUGUAAUUGCUAUCUUGAGACGUGAUGCUUCUAUAGAUCCAUCAGAAGUUUUUAACAGGGUUGUCUCUUCUGUAUGCAUCUUAUUAUCAAGGGAUGAGCUUGUAGCUGCACUGCAUGGCUGUUCAACAGCAGUAUGUGAUAAGGUCAAGCAGUCAGCUGAAGGAGCUAUUCAAGCAGUCAUCGAAUUUGUGACAAAGAGGGGCAAUGAACUAAAAGAAACUGAUAUUUUAAGGACAACCCAAUCUUUACUGUUUGCCACAGUACAUGUAACUGAGAAAUAUCUGCGUCAAGAAACUCUUGGAGCUAUUUCUGCCUUGGCUGAGAGUACCAGUCCUAAUAUUGUAUUCAACGAAGUUUUGUCUGUUGCUGGAAAAGAUAUAGUUUCAAAGGAUAUAUCUCGCUUACGAGGUGGCUGGCCCAUACAGGAUGCUUUUUAUGCAUUUUCUCAACACACAGCACUUUCAUUCCUGUUCCUGGAGCAUGUCAUUUCUGUCCUUAAUGAGAUGCCCCUACCUAAAGGUGAUCAGGAAAAAGGAGAUGAUUCUAAUAAUCCCAGUGAUUCUCACAUAGAACAUGAUGUCCUUCAGGCUGCUAUUGUUGCUCUCACUGCUUUUUUCAGAGGUGGAGGAAAGAUAGGGAAAAAAGCAGUUGAACAAAGUUAUUCUACUGUCCUAGCUGCACUUAUACUCCAAUUGGGAAGUUGUCACUGUCUAGCUAGUUGUGGUCAACAGGAACCUUUACGCGCUCUUCUAGUCGCUUUUCAGGCUUUUUGUGACUGUGUUGGUGAUCUUGAAAUGGGAAAGAUUUUGGCGCGAGAUGGACAACAUAAUGACAAUGAAAAAUGGAUCAAUCUUAUUGGAGAUUUGGCCAGCAGUAUUUCUAUUAAAAGACCAAAAGAGGUUCCAACCAUAUGUGUAUUUUUAAGUAAGUCCUUGGAUCGUCCCCACAGAUUUCAGAGGGAAGCUGCUGCUGCAGCAGUCUCAGAAUUUGUCCAUUACAGUGAUGACUUUGGUUCCUUAUUGGAAGAGAUGGUUGAAACCUUAUGCCGACAUGUAUCUGAUGAUUCUCCUACAGUUAGGCGUCUUUGUUUAAGGGGACUUGUUCAGAUACCAUCCGUGCAUAUUUUGCGUUACACUGCUGAAGUUCUUGGUGUUAUACUAGCUCUACUCGAUGAUUCUGAUGAAUCCGUUCAACUAACUUCUGUAUCAUGCUUGUUGACAGUUGUCGAGUUCUCGCCUAAUGAUGCUGUUGAACCUAUACUAAUCAAUCUCUCUGUCCGGCUUCGCAACCUUCAAAUGUGUGUGAAUGCAAAAAUACGAGCCAAUGCAUUUGCAGCCUUUGGAGCUCUAAGCAAUUAUGCAGUUGGAGCACAACGGGAGGCAUAUCUUGAGCAGCUACAUGCUGCAUUCCCACGCUUGGUUUUGCAUCUUCAUGAAGACGAUCUAACUGUUCGACAGGCUUGCCGGAAUACCCUAAAAAGCAUUGCACCCAUAAUGGAGUUGGAGGGAAUGGUUGCUAUCACCAAUUCACAUCGUUUUAAUUCGGAUUACAGGAGUGACUAUGAAGAUUUUGUUAGAGACCUUGCAAGGCAAACAGUUCAACAUUUUGCUUCUAGAGUUGACACUUAUAUGUCAUCGAUUGUACAGGCAUAUGAUGCUCCUUGGCCGGUUAUUCAAGCAAACGCGAUACACCUGUCCAGCUGCAUCCUUACUCUCUCGGAAGAUCAACGUAUUUCAAUUACUUACUAUGCUCAGGUUUUCGGGUUGUUGGUGGGAAAAAUGAGUGUUUCAACAGACCCGGUAGUUAGAGCAACUUGUUCGUCGGCUUUGGGUACCUUACUUAAAACUUCUUCCUCGUCUUCACAAUCAUGGAGAACUAUUCCAAUUGACAGAGGAGUUAGAUUUAACAAGGAAGAACAAUGAUUCAGGGAAGGAUCAAUAGGAUUAAUAUUCCUAUUACAGAAUUAUUAUAUGUUUCCUCUGGAUUUUGAAGCAAACCGUCCUCUGUCUUUUAUCACUUUUUUUUUAUUAUUAUUAUUAUUCUCGUGUCAGAUAGAUCAUGUAAUGUGUGCAGGGUGUGUUGUUGCAUGUAAAUUCGGUUGUAUAGUUUUUUAUUUUUUAUUUUUGUAAUUGA